GCAGCAAGGUCCUGAAAGUGAGAGGGAGAAAGAAGGGAACCUGAACCUCUAUUGCUCAUCUGUUUGUGUGGGCUGUGCUGUAGAACUUUCACUGUGAGUGAAACACAGAGCUGCAGUUCCCCUGGGAAUUAAGACAGCAAGGAGGAUUUAUUUCACACAACAACAAGGCGAGCAAAGAUGAGACUGGUGGUGGUGGUGGCGGUGGCAACAGUGCUCCUCCUGCUGGUGGAGGGAGGUAUGACUGCAAGGACUCGGAGGGAACUGGCCAGCCCACUGCAUGGGUCAGGCAUCCAAGACCCAUAUGGCUCGUACUGCCAGAGGAGAGGAGGCUGCUGCCCCGGCAGGGACGACCAGUGCACUGUGCCUUACCUGGACACCAUCUGUUACUGCGACCUCUUCUGCAACCGCACCGUGUCUGACUGCUGCCCAGACUUCUGGGGCCACUGCCUGGGCAUCCGCCCCCCCCAUCUGGGUGUUUGUGAGAGAAAUGGCCACACAGGUGCAACCUACAAAAAAAACUGCAAUUUAUGUACAUGUGGACCAAGCGGGCAAUGGGACUGUGAGCAGAAUGCUUGCCUGAUAGAAGAUGACAUGAUCCAGGCAGUGAACAGAGGAAACCAUGGCUGGAGGGCAGGUAACUACAGUCAGUUCUGGGGGAUGACCUUAGAUGAGGGUCUGCGUUACCGUCUGGGCACCAAGCACCCGUCCAGAGCCACUAUGAGCAUGAAUGAGAUCCAGAUGAAUAUGGAUAGUAAUGAACACCCCCCCACUUACUUCAAUGCUGCUGAUAAGUGGCCAGGAAAAAUCCACGAGCCUCUGGACCAGGGCAACUGUGCUGCCUCAUGGGCCUUCUCCACAGCAGCUGUAGCAUCAGACCGAAUCUCCAUUCAGUCUAUGGGACACAUGACUCCACAGCUGUCACCCCAGAACCUGAUUUCCUGUGACACACGCAACCAGGGCGGCUGUGCUGGAGGGCGCAUUGAUGGCGCCUGGUGGUACCUGCGGAGAAGAGGGGUGGUGACAGAGGAGUGCUACCCCUUCUCUGCACCCCAGCACAGCCCCGCUGAUGGAGCCCGCUGCAUGAUGCAGAGUCGCUCGGUGGGCCGAGGGAAGAGGCAGGCCACGGCACGCUGUCCUAACAGUCACAUCUACCACAAUGACAUCUACCAGUCCACCCCACCCUACAGACUCUCUUCACAUGAGAAGGAGAUCAUGAAGGAAAUCAUGAAUAAUGGACCUGUGCAAGCCAUCCUGGAGGUACAUGAGGAUUUCUUUAUAUACAAGAGUGGUAUCUACCGACACACAGACAUCAACGUCCAUAAAGCAUCGCAGUACCGCAAGCACGGCACACACUCUGUGCGGAUCACGGGGUGGGGAGAAGAAAAAGAUUACAAUGGGAAGACACGCAAAUAUUGGAUUGCUGCCAAUUCAUGGGGCAAGAACUGGGGUGAGGAUGGUUACUUCCGUAUUGCUCGAGGAGAAAAUGAAUGUGAGAUUGAGGCCUUCGUGAUUGGCGUAUGGGGCAGGAUAACCAUGGAGGACAUGCACAACCACCACCACCACCUCCACCAUCAACAUCAUGGAAGACUCAAAUAGAGAUGUACUGGGUCUGCCUCUGAUCUGUGUUCUCUACACCAAGUGAGAUCCAUACACACCUCUUUACCAGAUUUCUGUUAGGACUAUGGCAGGACAAUGGAACAUGGUUUUCAUCAAUAUGCUCAAUGACCAGUAUCCAGGAGUCAGUUUCUAUAUACAACUUAUUGCUGGUUGCAGGUUAUUUUCAUUGUAUUGUUCAAAGUUCAAGUCACAUACUCUGAAAUUUCCGUUUUUGAUUAGAAGGAUGGCUCUACUUUUGAUGUUUUAAUGGCUUUUAUAAUUUCCUGAGAGGCAGUUUAGAACUUAUCACUUUAUCAUGCUGAGACAAAGAUACACACUGGAAAAAGGCAGAGGAAUGGAUUAGGAUGGUGGAUCUACAAUCAGUUAUUUAUUCUGAAGUAUACUAGAACUAUUUUUUAUAAUAAAAAAAAUAAUAAAAGUCUUUGUGGCCAUUUCCCAGUUUGGGUGGUAGCGCAGAAAGGAUCAGUCAGAUUAGGCUGUGUUGUGUUUUUCAGCAGGACAGAGCUCAUGUGAAUUCUGUAUGAGAAGAAGUCACAAGUCUGAUUUGGCUUUGAUUCAGCUUAGGCAUAAUGGCAACAGAUAUGUUUUCUAAGAACAUGGUACCUAAAGCACUGCACAUUAUAGUCAUUUUAUUUGUCAAAUGUUAGAUCAUCCUAGUGGAUUUCUGUUUGUUUUAAUCGAAUGUUCGAUAGAUUCAGAUUGGAGCAAGUUAACCCUUUGUGUAUGAGUUACAAUGAUAUUAAGAAUAGUUGAUUUGGUCAGAAAUACCAACAGGGCAGAAAUUCACAAAUACAAUUUCUAUCCAUAUCUCCCGUCAGAGAUAUACUAUUUAAUUAAACAGUGAAAAAAAUGUAAACAUUUUAGCUAAUAACAGCGUCCAAUUAUUUUAUGCCUUGGAGAAGUGAUUGGUUGAAUCUACUUCCUAAGCAUUCUUUAAAAAAAAAAAAAAGACCAAAUCAGAGAUUGAAUAAAACAUGCAGAGUGGUAGUUGAGUCUCAUAAUUGGCUUAGGAGCACAAAGAGUUACCUAGCCAUUACUGCAGUUCUGCUCAACACAAACAGCUGCUGGUAUCAUAUCCUUAUUGCUGAGUGACUCCCAUAAUUCAGUGCAAUGGUUGUUUAGUAUCAGAGAAUGUGCUGGAAAUGCAUGCACACUUCCCCAUGUAACAUGUGGGACUUCCUCUAUCUGCCUUAAACUCAUGAAAAACCUUACUGUUAAUUGUUUUCACACUGCAAUUCAACAGUGUGUUCCCUUCAUAAGCUAAUGUAUGGUUGCCUGUGCUACUAAGAACAUUUUAUUUCAGAUUGUGACAUUAUUAUUAUAUUAGAUAUUGGACUUAACAUUAGGUAAGUGUCAAAUUUAUGUCUAUCUGAUCUGAAAGUUGCAAUUAACUUAGCCAUCAUUUUAAUUAGCUAGUGGAUCCAUUCAAUCAUCCAAACAUGCAAGAGAAACACAAUAAUGUACAAAUUCAAAUACUUCCAUCAUGCAAAGGAAAUGAGACUUGUCUUGAGGCUUUUAUAUGAAACAUUUGUUUCUGUUCUCAUUGCAGGAUUGUUUUUCUGAACUCAAAAAGAGAGACCUAUUAUCACUAAUAGCUCUGUUUAUUUAAGAGUCAAGUUUGUGAAUUAUGUUUUAUUUUUUUUGUGCAAUUUGUAUUACCUUGCUGUCACUAGUAUUUGUAUGCAAUGCAAUAAAAUUAAAUCCAAUCCGGAAAGGU